AUGGCCGGCUUCGAAGCCAAUUUCUCCUCGCCUGUGACCAGUGCUAGCGCGGCCUUUCCCUACCUCGCGGCCCUCUCGGACGACGAGGCCGCGGACCGGUUCUUCCUCGAAGACCUUAAGUUGGCCGGCCGGGAGCUACGCGGCACGUUGUAUUCGCGAAAGGCUUUCGCGAAGCUGGCGUUCCGGGCGGCCGCCGCCCUGCGGACGCACGGCGCGCGGCCGGGCGACCGCACCGCGCAUUACUUUACCGACAACCGGCUGGAAGACAUUUGUUUCCGGCUAGGCGCCGCGCUCGUCGGGACCGUCCCGGUCACGAUCAACUGGCAGAGCGACGACGUCCAGCGCGCGGCGAGCAAGGUGCGACGCACCCGCGCGACGCUCGCGCUCGUCGACGAGGCCACGCCCGCGGAGUUCGCCGCCGCCAUCCGCCCGGUCCGGGCGGUCGACGCGGCCCGGGCCCUGGCGGCGGCGGCGCCCCUCGCCCCGGAGCACUUCUGCGGCGCCACCACCGCCGGCGACGACCGCUUCGUCAUCUUCACGAGCGGGACGACCGGCGAGCCCAAGGGCGUCCGACUCACGUACGAGGCCUACGACUGCAACCGGCGGACCUUCGAGGCGUUCCUGGAGUGCGCCGCCCCAGACGUGCAAGUGGACGUCGUGGCGACGAACCCGCUCCACCACACGAACUCGACGGCCAUGGUCGACUGGGCCUGCCGCCGGCCGCGGGCGGCGCUGCGGCUCCUCCAGCGGUACACGACGCAGUACUGGGGCGUGGUGGUGGCAGCGGCCUGCGGCCUGCCCUGGGAAAACGUGAAGCGCUUCGACGGCGAAGCGACACAGCGCGCCGUGGCGCGGCGGGCGUCGCUGCUCGCCGCGGAGCCGCAGCGCGUCGUGUGUCCUCUCGUGGCGCGCCACGUAGACUUCCUCGAGUCGCUUUGCGCCCAGGGCACGCUGCCGGUAGACCCGGCGGCCUUCAGGAGCUGCGUCGGGGGGUGCGGCGUCGUCUUGUUGCUGGGCUCGGCACCAGUAGGACCUACGACGGUCCAGCGGCUGGAAAAGCGGUGCGCCCAGCGGCCGACCGUGCGCUUCGGCUCCACCGAAACGUGCCUGCAGGUCUGCGGCACGCCGCUCGACGCGCCCCUGGCGGCGUUCGAGCGGGGCUGGGCCCACACGUGGCGCGGCGAGCCGUGCGCGGGCUACUACAUCGGGCGGGCCCACGCGCCGCACACGGAGGCGAAGGUCGUCCGGUCCGUCGACCGGGCCAGCCAGGAAUUCCUAGUGACGUGCGGCGAGGGCGAGCCCGGCUUCAUCGUCGCGCGGGGCCGGAACGUCUUCGCGGGCUACGUGGGCGACGACGAGGCCACCGCCGCCGCGCUCGAGGGCGGCUGGUACCUGAACCUCGGCGACGUCGGGUACGCCCUCGGGGGCGACCUUUACUGGCAGAGCCGCGACUCGGCCAUGCUCAUCAAGGGCGGCUCGAACUACUCGUACGAACAAAUCAACCAGGAGCUCUCGGAGUUCCUCGCGGCGGCGUAUUUCGGCGGCGAGGGGGGCGCGUGCGCGGUGGCCGUCGUCGGGCUCCGGCUGGACUCCGAGCACGAAGACCAGUGUUGCUGCACGAUCGAGCUCAAGACAGAUCUCGCGCGGUCGAAGCGCGCCGAGAUCGAAGCGACCUUCGUCGCCCGGGCGCGGCACGCCGUCGCGUGCAAGGGCGCGCGGCCGGACCGCGUUCGGUUCGCGGCGCUGCCGCGGAACUUCAAAGGGGCCGUCCUCGUGAAGGAGUUGAAGGCGGCGGCUUGGGACUAA